UUUUUAAUCAUUUAAUAUUUCGUGCUUGACAGACAAACAACUGAUAAGAAUCGAAUAUGACAUUCGCUGCGGAUAACCCACUGAAGAAAUUAAAAUAUUUUAUAAUUUUUUUCUUAGUUUUAUUGUCGGUGAGUAACUAUGUGGCAGGUUGGACAGCGACUGGAGUCUAUUCUCAUAAAGCACAUCCAGGCAAAUGCUAUUAUAACGAAAGAUUGAUUUUAUCACCAGGACAAAGAGCAAAAAUAUCAAACACAUGCUCCGUCAUAGCAUGUAGAGAUAAAAAUGGUUCUGCAGACAUCUAUGGAUGUGGCGCUGUUGCUCCUCCUACUAACUGCGAAUGGGGGGAUUAUAUUAAUAUUAAUGCACCCUACUCCGAAUGCUGUGCCAAGAAAGCCGUUUGUAAAAACUCAGCAGAUCGUAAGGCUGCUUUGAUAUAUCAAAAUGAUAUUUUAGAAAUGUUCAAGAAACAAAACUAACUUUGAUAAUUGAAUUCAAUAUGCAUUUUCUAUAAGAUAAGUAAAAAUAAAUUAAACUUUCAUAAA